UGAGUGGAACAGAGUGAGAGAGAGAGAGAAAGAGAGAGAGAGAGAGACUGAAAUCCUGUUUAGUGAGAGAAGGGGAGCACAUUCACACCCUUCAGAGGACUCACAGGAAAGGAGAAAGAAUCGGGGAAACACAGUCAAUAAUCUUCUUCAGUCACAGCUGAGAUUUCAGAAAAACUCUAACAUGUCCAGCUCAAUUCUGAGACGAAAUUCCAGCAAAAAGGGACUGGAGAAGCUGCAGAGGAUCACUGUUCAACGCAGUCUAGAAGAUGCAGAAGAAAUAGAGAGAGAACGUCGACGGCGUGCAAGAAGCAGUUCCUCUACUGAGCCUUUUCAACCCACCGUGACCCCUCAGGACAGCCCUCGCACUGCACUGCCUCUGGACAACCAGCAUCCGAAUGGUCUCAUUCCAAGCUGUCCAUCGUCUUUGGAAGAGGACGAAGGCUUCAGUGAUUGGACACAUCUGAGCAGGCGCAAACAGGGACAAAUGGAACACACAGAUGCAGAAACACAUCUCAACGGCACUCGGCACUCAAAACUUCAGCUCACUUGUGGCUCUACGCAACAAAGUAAACUGUGUGAUUUAAAUGUGAACGACAACGUCCCAUUUAUGAAGACCCGACCUCCUCUUUCAAAUCAGAAACACCUGGAUGAGGAUGGUGUUGAGAAAGAACAGGAAAGACGAGUUAACAUUACAUCAGUGGAGAGAGAGGAGGGAGAGCCAAGAAGGAUGAAGUGUCAUGAGUCGUCUUUCAGGAAAAAUCCAAAUCAGAGCUCUGGUACAGAUGAAAAGGAAGAAAAGAAGACAGAGAUGAAGAUUUCCUACACCUCCACGGUUCUCCUACAGCAGAAUGGGAGACAAUACAGCACUAAUGGACAAGUGGAGAGGAGAACACAUGACAGAGAAUCGACGAUACAGAGCAACAUGGACUCUACAGUCGAUUCAGCAGCUCUCGGCAGUCUAGAAAGUGUGUCUGAGGAAGUGUUUGUGAAGAGCAGUGAGAAGAAUCAGCAGCAGAGUGAAACAACAGGAGAUCAGACUCACGAGGAGGUGCAGAGGAUGAGAGAAGAGGAGAGAGAGAGGAAGAGGAGGGAUGUGAUGGAGAAGCUGAAGAGGUUGAGCAUAUCCAGCGGAGAUCCAGAGGAGCCCUUCAGUCCUCUCAGUCCCAGAAGCCCCUCCUACAUGGCUGAGGGUGAGGAGUGGCAAUCAGAAGGUUCAAGCUCGAUUUCUGAGAGGACUGAGUCUUUAAACCGCUCCAUUAAAAAAAAGAACAGCAUAAAGAAGACCCAGCCUCCCACCAUCAUUUCCAAGUUAGAUGGCAGACUGGAACAGUACAACCACGCCAUUGAGGAGUGCAGUAAAGAGGGGAAUGUAGUCAAGGUAAUGGACGUCCCAACACCACCUGAGCCUGUUUCUGCUCGAAAGACCCUUUUUGAGGGGGGAGAAGCCUGGAAUCAGAAUUCAGCGAAGGCCAUGUCCUCUAAGGAUACAGAGGGGAUGAAGGUGGGUGUGGCAGAUCUAAUUAACCAAUGGGUGAAGGGAAGUCCUGAUACCAACGACAAGGGCUCCAAAGCGGCAUGUCAGGAGGUCAAGGCUGGUGAAGUGCGUAACAUAAAGUCCAUGUGGGAGAACCUUAAUGAGACUUCACCACAGGACAAACCUUGUGCAAAGGUAUUGGAUGGGAAAAGGUACAAAUUUGUUGAGAGCGGGCACGGAAAGUAUGAGAAAGUCUUCAUUAGUAAUGACACAAACUGAGGAACAGCUGUCUGUUAAUUACAGAGAUGUCUGAAGACGGGAUUCUGAUCUGAUCAUUGUCCUUCAGUUUUUGCACUGAACAUCUUUUUUUAACCCCCCUAAAUGUAAAAACUGUUUUAAUAUUCAGGUGUCAAUGCUAUAUAAUCCCUUCAAAUGACUUUAAGGAUGAAGAAAAAGGCUGUAAAUAUGAUGUGUGAUGAAACUUCAGAUUCAUGUCAAAUUGAAUUCAGCAAUGUCCAGUCCUGCUCCUGGGAGAGCAUCUGUCUUGCAGACUCAUGUCCAACACAUCUGCCUGGAUAUUGUUGUCCUGAAGAGCUUGAUUAACUGCUUCAGAUAUGUUUAGUUAGGGCUAGAGUUAACCCUGCUUGAAGGUGGCUCUCGAGGAACAGAACUGGACAAUAGCUUCAAAUAAUUAAACACAAAGCUGAUAUUUUUGUGAAAGCAAAAGGUAUUUUACUCUUGCGUUUGCAUUGUCAGGAUUCACUGAUUGUCUGUUUAGUAUAGAUGGAGGAACAACCCUAAUCAGUAUUAAAUAUAGAAGUCUGAAAGAGGGUUUUAGGGGUCUCUCAUCCCAAUGAAAAGCACAUAGCAUAGAAAGUACAUUUUAAAAUGUAUACAUGUUUUUUAUUCUUAGUCUAAUCAGCAUUUUAUUCAGAAAAUUCAUAUUUUCUCAUUUUGUUAAUUUUUUUUUACCUCUUAUGAAUUGUCUCCAUAUAAGUGAAUGCUAUUCUGUACUGUAGCUAACACAGCCAACACAUGUAAACCAAUCGGCCAAAUGACUGCAGCGGAUAAUGUAUUUGUCACAAAUAAACCUCAUACAUUUUC